AUGAAGUACGUUCUGGUCUCCGGAGGUGUGAUUAGCGGCGUCGGCAAGGGCAUCAUCGCCUCUUCGACCGGCCUGCUGCUCAAGACGAUUGGACUGAAGAUAUGUUGCCUGCCAAGGCGCAUCGACCCAUACCUCAAUGUCGACGCCGGGACCAUGAACCCGAAGGAGCACGGUGAGGUCUUCGUGCUCUCCGACGGCGGCGAGGUCGACCUCGACCUAGGCAACUACGAGCGCUACCUGAACAUCACCUUGACGCGCGAGAACAACAUCACCACCGGCAAGAUCUACCAGCACGUCAUCGAGAAGGAGCGCCGCGGCGACUAUCUCGGCAAGACGGUGCAGGUCGUGCCGCACAUCACCGACGCCAUCCAGGCGUGGAUCGAGCGCGUCUCCAAGAUUCCCGUCGACGACACAAACGAGGAGCCGGAUGUCUGCAUUGUGGAGCUGGGUGGGACGGUUGGUGACAUCGAGAGCAUGCCGUUCGUGGAGGCGUUGACCCAGCUGCGGCACCGCGCUGGCAAGAACAACUUCCUGAACAUCCAUGUCUCGUACGUCCCGACGAUCAACGGCGAGCAGAAGACCAAGCCGACGCAGCACGCUGUGAAAAGCGUGCGCAGCGCGGGCCUGAUCCCUGACUUGAUUGCGUGCCGCUGCGAACGCCCGCUCGAGCGUUCCACGAUUGAGAAGAUCGCGCACCACUGCCAAGUCGAUGUUGAGCAGGUAGUCGCGGUCCGCGACAUGCCCACAAUCUACCAAGUGCCGGUGCUUCUGGAAGACCAAGGGCUCAUCCACUUCCUGCGCAAGGCGCUGGCUCUCGAUGUUCUCAGCAUCCCUGCACCGAUGCUCAAGAAGGGCGAGAAGAUUUGGGACACCUGGAAGGACCUGACCGUUACGCAAGACCACCACUUCGAAACGGUCAACAUCGCGCUCGUCGGAAAGUACAUCGAGCUUCACGACUCGUAUCUGUCCGUCAUCAAGUCCCUCGAGCACUCUGCGAUGCGUUGCAGGAAGAAGCUCAACCUGAUCUGGGUCGAUGCAGAGCACCUGGAGCCGGCCACGAGGCAGAGUGACCCGGCCAGGUUCCACAAAGCUUGGCACGAGGUGUGCACAGCAUCCGGGAUCCUCGUGCCCGGCGGCUUCGGGCAGCGCGGAACGGAGGGAAUGAUGGCCGCUGCCAAGUGGGCGCGCGAAGCGGGCACCCCCUACCUCGGUGUCUGCCUGGGCAUGCAGGUAGCCGUGAUUGAGUACGCUCGCGACAUGUGCGGCAUCACGGGCGCGACUUCCGAGGAGUUUGACGCCAAGGCCGAGGACCGCAUCAUCAUCUUCAUGCCUGAAAUCGACAAAGAGACGAUGGGCGGCACCAUGAGGCUCGGCCUGCGCCCGACCCUCUUCCAGCCCGGCUCCGAGUGGAGCAAGCUGCGCGCGCUCUACGGCGAGGCCCCGCAGAUCCUCGAACGCCACCGUCACCGGUACGAAGUCAACCCGGCCUACAUCGAGCGCCUCGAGAAGGGCGGCCUCAACUUCGUCGGCAAGGACGACAAGGGCGAGCGCAUGGAAAUCAUCGAGCUCAAGGACCACCCCUUCUUCGUCGGCGUCCAGUACCACCCCGAGUACCUCAGCCGGGUGCUCGACCCCAGCAGGCCUUACCUGGGCUUCGUCGCCGCAAGCUCCAAGUGCCUUCCGGAGAUCACCAAGCAGCUCUUGGCUGAGGCGAACCUCACCGCCAAUGGCGUGAACGGCGUCGUCGAGGGCAAGGAUUUCUGA